AUGGCUCAGGAGGACAAGGACGUGCUGGCCUAUUUCACGUUGGAUUCACCGGCUAUUGGGAGCAAGGACAACCAGCUCUCAGAGAUAUGGUCUGCCCUCUGGGACCAGUCGGAGCGACUGGUGCAAGAGAUGGGUGCGCAGCAGGAGCAGCACAAGGCCGAGUGCGUGCAGCUUCAGAGCAACUCUGAGGAGCACCAGCGCCGGGCCGCGCAGCUCGAGGCUGCUUUCUCCCAGUCCACUGGCGAACUACAGCUUGCUCGCGAAGCACACGAGGCUACUCAGCGCGAGAAGGCCUCGAUCACAUCGCAGAUCGAGAUGGCAAGGCGCCAGCUCGAGGAGGAGUCGCGCAAGGUGGAGGAGAAGGAUGCCAUGAUUGCUGAACUACAGGCUAAGGUGCAACAGCACCGGCAGCGAGAAGAGGAGCAGCAGGCGUCGUCCUCCCGCCGGCCUUCCUUUGAGGUACUUCCUGGCGUGGCAGGGAGAUGGCAGGCCGCCACCAGCGAAUCCCACCGUUGCGUGCGCGAAGCCUUGGCCAUGCGCGUCGAGGAGCUCACGACGAAGCAGGGCGAUCUCCUUCUCGAGCGCCAGCGACUCCUUGGUGCGUUGGAGGAGUCGCGGCGCGCCGUGCUCAAUUGCCUGGGCGUCCCGAACCCCGUUGCAGCGUUGGACAGCGCCAGGGUGGCAGGACUGGAGCAGCAGCUGUCAACUGAGCGGAAGCGCGUUGUGGAGCAGGCCGUGGCGCUGCAGCGCGCAGAGCGGCGCGUGUCACAGCUUGAGUCCAUACACCGUCAGGGAGAGGCGACACAAGCAGGGCAGAUUCAACGGAGUCUGAACCAGGAGCUCCAAAAAAGCAACGAACGGCGCAUCCAAGCAGAGCUCCGCAUGCGCCAGGUGCAGGAGUGCGCCGCCAUGGCCACCGAAGAGUUGGGCACGACAAAGCUCGACAUGAUCCGGCUGCGAGCAGCCUUGGAUGAGCACCGCAGACUACAGCAGUCCCAUAUCAUUGGGUUGACCCGCGGCCAUGGCUACGCCAGUUGA